GUAAUAGACCGAAACAGAAAGAAACCGAGUGGAGAACAAAGGAACGGUAGACAACAAUAGAAAGUAGUCGGAAUCUUAGGGUUCACUUACAGUAUUCCCAAAGCUAUUUUGACAAACUAAGCUCAGGUAAUAAGUCCUCCUGCUUGAAGAGCUGAUGCCCGCGAUGGUUGACAGUGUGUGGGUCGCUGCGACUCUCCUUUUGUGUAUUCUUGGAGGCCAAGCAUUGGACCAGCUGAGAGUGACUGCAACAUCAAGGAAUCCUCCCCCCACUCCCACAGUGCAUUGCUGGUGUGCGAGUUACCCGAACUUGACCCUUUGCUCCUGGCCUGAACCCUCUCUGUCCCCACCGACACACUACGUGGCCACCUACAGCGAAAGACAAAGACCGAAGAUCACCCAGCAGUGCCAUCUCAUCCAACCCGGCUCUCCAUCCUCUGAUCUGAUUUCAGCAUCAUCAACGUCAUCUGAACGGCUCUGGCACUGCCACCUGCCCAACCUGAAGCUUCUCACUGGGUACAUCCUCAAUGUCACGGCCGUUUAUUCUGGUGGAAGCAGCUCCCAUCUAUCAAGUUUCAUGUUGGAGGACAUAGUGAAACCAGAUCCUCCCAUAGACGUCCGGGUUUCCCCUCUUGAUAUCAGAAACUUGUUGGUGGAAUGGUCUCCUCCCCAAAGUUGGACUAACCUGGACAUCUUCCCCCUAAAAUACCAGAUACUGUACCAGCGCAAAGGCAGAGGGGGGCCCCCAAAGUCUCUCAAUCUGGGUCCGUAUGAGAGCACUAAGGUUGAACUGAAGGGGCUGACCCAAGGAUACGACUACGUGUUCCAGGUGUGUGCUAAGGAGCUGCUAGGUCUGGGCGAGUGCAGCGACUGGAGCUCACCUGUACAAAUCACCAUACCAAGAACAAAAUCGUAAAGACUCCCCCUCGCUUCCUGUUUUAUUUAACCCUCUCAUUUCAAGCUAGCUUUAAGUAAAACUGAAAAACUGCUGACAGGUGGCAUCUUUUAACUGCACAAGCAAUGCAAGCAACAGUUAUUGAUAUUUUGUUUUAUUUAUAAUGGAAUAAAUGGAUAGUAUAUGUACAGUGUACAAUCAUUUCCAUUGAAAGUAGUAUUGUGUUUUUUGUAAUGCUGUUGGUUUGUGUCGGUUGAGUGGCGUGUCUUUGGAGUCGCUGAUGAUAUAGAAACCAUACUGUCAGACAUUGGGAUUAUUGGUCAGUGUGUCUGAUGUUCUGAUCUGUUUGUUUUAAUCAACAGUUUACGACCCCACUUUGACUUCUCUAAAGACACAAUUUACCAGAUGUGUAUUUUGUACUACUCAUUGUGUGGCGGCUCCACAUUUGUGUGAAAAAUUGAAUAAAAACAAGUCAUUU